AUGAGAACAGUAAGACAUGUCUGUCCACACAGAUGUCGACACUCACGAAUGGGAACACAGCGAGAAACGUGUGUUUUCACCUCUUUUUGCGCAUCUGUCUGUCCGCGUGUGUGUUGAUUCUACGAUCAGAGGUCUAAGGCCCACCUGGUGGACAAGCUAGAGCGCGAGCUGCGCAUCCUCAGCAACCAGGUCAGGUUCGUCCUCGCCGUCGUCAACGAAGAACUCGAAAUCCGCAACCGGUCGGUGGGUCCUCAUCCACCACACACACACACGGACGGGCUCACCUGCACAUGGGUUGAUGUAAUGUGUGUGUGUGUGUGUGUUUGUCGGUUAUCAGGAAGCGUCAGUUGCUGUUGGACGAGCUGCACAACUUGGGGUUCGACGCCAUGAGUGCCAUCCUGGAGGGGGCCCACAAGGGGCCCGAGGGCGACGUCCCUGACCCCGACCAAGUAGACAAGGAGGUCGGUGCACCACCCACCCUCCCACACACACCAACCACACACAAAGCCAGACAGGCAGCUGUGUGUGUCAUUGUGCUUGUGCUUGUGAUUGUGUGUGUUGUGUGCUUAGGAUGAGUCGGUUGAGGACGGUGACGAGGGCAUGGGUGUGGUCAAGGACAAGGACUACGGCUACCUCCUCGGCAUGGCCAUGUGGAACCUUACACAGGAAAAGGCAAGCCACGCCAUCCACACAACCACACACACACACCAUUAGACAGACGCCCAGUCUCUCUCUCCGUCUCUCGCUCCGUGUCUGUGUGUGUGUGUGAGUAGUCAGAGGAGUUGCGCAAGCAGAAGGGCUACAAGGAGACCGAGCUCGACACGCUCAGGAAGACCACCGAGCACCAGCUGUGGGAGAAGGACCUCGACGCCCUCGAUGAACAGGUAAGGUACCCCCUCCCUCCCUCCCUCCCUCCCUCCCUCCCCCACACACAUACAUGUGUGUGUGUGUGUCUGUGUGUGUGGUGUGUGGUUGUCAGGAUCGCAUUGACGAGGACGAUCCCGCAGCCGAGUUGAACGGGAAGAAGGGCAAGCGCAAGAAGGUCAUGUUCUCACGGCCCAAGGGCAAGGCCGCCAAGAGACGCUUCCCCGCCGCCAACAAAGCCAGGGCCAAAGCCGCCAGAGCCAAGAAGAACAAGGUCGAUGGCGUAAGCAAGCCCGUACACCCAUGCAUAUCCUCCCACGCACACAUACACACAUGGAUGCAUAUGUGCAGACAUUUAUAUUCUGUCUGUCUGCUUUUCUGUGCGCGUGUGUGUCUGUGUGUCUCAGUUCACGGAUUUCAGCGACAGCGACGAAGAAAACCAGCUACUCUGUAGUCGCCUCCCUGACCCUCUGGCCAAUGUCAGCUUCCAAUCCAUCCAUCCAUCCAUCUAUCCUCUGUGUGUGUGUGUGUGUGUGUGCGUGUGUGUUCGACAGGGGCAGGAUGGCGGCAAGGACAAGGAGAAGGAGUCGAGUGAGGAGAGAGACGCCCACAUGAAGCUCGUCGACGCCGACGACGACCAUGACGACGACCAUGACGAUGACAUGGGGCAGGGGGCUGGUGCUGCUGCUGGUGGCGGCAAGGCGGCAAAGGCCAAGGCCAAGGCCAACGACAAGAAGGAGCAGCACAAGAAGGACAAGCGCGAGUCUCUCCUCGACGACAAACUAGUACACACACAACACACACACAGUCCACACACAAAGUGCAGGUGUGCCUCCCUCUCUCUCUCUCUCUCUCUGCGUGUGUGUGUGGUCAGUUCGCUGACGAUGACGAUGAGGAUGUCGACGAGGACCAAGACGGGGACGAGGAGAGUGAGGAGGUCAGAAAAUAGAAAGAAAGAAAGAAAGAAAGAAAGAGAGAUGAGAUGCCACAUACAUGCGCUCUUGCAGGCAUCGUGUGUGCUGAUGCAUGUACAUGUGACAUCUCAUUUCCUCUUUCCGUCCCUCCCGGUGCAGCCGGCUAAGGACGAUGAUCAGAAAGGUAUGCGCCCAUCGAUGCUUGCAGCAAUGAGAGACAUGCACAUGUUUGUAUGUGUGUGUUUGUGUGAAAGAGUGGACGCCAACAUGCCGGCGCCGACAAGCCAAGGGCAUCCCCGAGUUGCAAACGGGGACGUUGGUACAUCUGAUGCUCGAAAAGAGCGUCUGGUAAGUGCAGGAAGGGCGAGGAGAGAGGGAGACGGAAAAGGGUUCACCCUCAUCGCAUCGAUGUGUGUCUCGCCCCUGCAGGUUCGUGAUUGUCACGAAUGUGGGCCAGUUGCCUGUCGGAUUGCUGGCUGACCUCACCCACGACCCUCGCUCCAAAAUUGCGGUCAUUGGUACAGAUGCGUAG